AUGGAAGUAGAUGGCAUUCCAUAUGGGUAUUCUCUCCCAGGCCUAAAAUUCUCAAAUCCCGGUGGCCUAGGGGUAGUAGGUGUUGGUUGGUUUCCGACAAUUGUCGAAAAUGGGCGAGGGAUUGAACUUGCAGAAACGUCUGCUACGCUAGACAUAAUAGGCAUUGUUGUCGAAUUAUUUAAGGCCAUGGAUCCAAAUGUUGGUAUGGAUAUUUCUUUGAUGAUAUGUGAUAAAAACCAGACAUGUGUAGAUACCACUAAGAUAUUCUCAAUUACAGAAAAAUUUGAUACACAAGAAGAGGUGACUAGAUGGAUUAGGGAGGUUGGAAUCAGGAAUAGAAUGACUGUUAUAAUAAUCCGUUCAGACACCAAAACUGGAAAGAGAGGAAGAAGUGACAAAGGUAUAUUUGGUUGUGAUAAAGGUGAAAAAUACAAAGAAGGAGAUAGUGAAACACAAAGUGCUGCCAAUAAAUGUUCUUGUCCAUUCAAAAUUAGGUCAACACCGUCGAAAGUGCUACCAAGAAAUAUGGUAAAUGUGGAAUUCAUAACCAUGGUUUACCAGAUAGAUUUAAAGGUCAUUCGUUUGAAAACAGAUAAGUCACAAGUUGUGAGAGAUAUCUUCUGGGCCCACCUAGAAUCAGUGAAGUUGUUGAAUAUGUUUCCUAGUGUGUUGGUUAUCGAUAAUACGUACAAGACAAAUAAGUACAUGCAACCUUUUUUUGAAGCAGUCGAUAUGACAUUAACUGAGUUAACAUUUUCUGUUGCAUUUGCCUAUAUGGAAUCUAAGAAAACAUAG